AGGAGUAGCGACGAAGGAAGAAGAUCGGAGGCGGUAUACCACAUUCCCUCGCAGUUACCGACCUGAAACAUCUGCACGAUCUUCUGUGAAAUGACAGCGUUAUUUACACGAAACAUGUCCCUGAACUAGUGUAACUGCAUGGCUCAGAGGUCAUCGCGGGGUCAACAAGGAAGUAUUUAGGCUAUUGGACCGUGCAGGGAGGCGGGUGUUGGAAGACAUUGUGGAAGGCAGACCAAAAGUCACCUUGAAACGAGAGUGGACCAAUAGUAAACAUCACUGAACAUCUCUGAAAAUGGAUUCCGUUGCUGACAUGGAUGUAGAUGUUGCUCCAGCGACAGUCCAGAACCAUCUCAACUUUCUGGAACAAGUGGACAAUCACGGCCAUCUUUACGAAGGGCCCGUUCUCCUGAGAGCAAUAGGCCGUUAUGAACGUUACUGGCUGCCCCUAGCAUCCAAACACACAAAUGAAGUUCUGACAGCUCCUUUGGACAUUGAGUGGGUCUGGCACUGUCAUAUGUUGUCUCCAAUGUCAUAUCAGAAAGACUGCUUGUCCAUGGUCGGUGUGGUGGUUCCCCACAAACUGCUAGACUCUGACGAAAGGCAAAAGUACCUAUCUGAGUCCGAGAUAUUUUGGAAUAAGGAGUAUCCAGAAACACCUUUUCAAGCAGGAACUGAAGGAUCAACGGGUGAACAGGACUUUGUAUCCAGUAUCAGUUAUGAUAUUGUCUCAGCUUCAGCGAGGCAAAAGCAGUUUUUCUAUCAAGUAUCCCUACCUCAUUACAGGAACAAGACGUACCUGCAAACUGCCAUGAGGAGAUAUAAACAGUUUCUGUUCCUCCUGAAAGGCAACCCAAACUCUUUCCUUGCCCCCACCUUUGACAUUGAUCUGGUAUGGCAUACCCAUCAGUUGGAUCCUGUCGCCUAUGUAUCUGAUACUGAACGACUCCUCGGUAAGAUCCUGAGUCAUGAUGACAGUGUCAACGACAGAUCACAAAACUCCAAGCUUACCAAUGCCACGAAGCUGACAUCAUCUCUGUGGAAAAAUGUAUUUGAUGACAGCUUUUCCUUCCCUGGUGCCAUGUACAGAGGUGAAAGCCAAAAGGGACAAUUGUAUCGGCUGACAGAGGGAGAAACAGAGGCUUUAUGUGCGACAGGAGUACUUGUAGAACUGACGUACCUUAGAAUUGACAGACUUCCAACAUGGGCGCGUUCAGCAAAGUUAGAGGUGGUUGUUUUACGAGACGAAGGAACGGUGCUGAGUAAGAGAAUACUGAGUUCAAAGAACUGGACUCAUAAAGAUUCUAUGACUUGGGAGAGGGUUCAUCUCUAUCUAGGAGAGGUGUGGACAAACAAAUGCGAUUUCAUCCGCUUCAAGUUAAUUGGAAAAUCAGGGUAUGCGAUCUUCAAAAAGGAGAUAGUAUUAGGAGAAGCAACCUUUGACUGCCUGUCGUCAAUUGAGACAUUUGAAAGUUAUACAUAUGCAAUUUCUACUGAAAAAACGCUGGAACCAUCGCCUAUAAUCCUGAAAUGUAAAGGAAAAAUGGUUCGUCCUAAAUUAACCUUGGAAUUGCAAAAUGGGCCGUGGACGACGGAUAUGAAGGGUAUAAUGUCGUCGAGAGAGGAAGUAUGGGGUCCUGUGCCAAUACCACGUCCUGUAGAAGGUGUUUCAGAAAAGUUCUACAUGGCAAUACACAAACUUACGGCGGCUGGUUGCACUGCAGAGUUUGUAUGCAGAGUCGUCCACUCCACGGAUCUGCUGAUGUCAGCAGUUCUUGUGUAUCACCAGCAAAGACUGGUCUCCUUUGCUUAUCUCAUUGGUGCUGACCAACUUCCUUCACCAGAAGCAGUCGAUUCAUCAUCCGACCUGCCAUCUUUAAAUCCAAAGUUAGGGCAACGAGCGAUGUUGAUAAAGAACAAUCAAGGAGACUGGGGUUUGGUUACUGGCAACUGGGUUCGCUCCACAAGAUCUGUUCCAAUUUCAAGCUAUUCGAGGACUCUGCGAGGGACUCAGGUGCUUUGUGGAUAUCUUGAUAUCAACUUUUACAAGUUCUCAACCAAGACCAUGAUAAAGAAGAGUAUGACGCAGUACCUUGACGGAGGGUUCGACUUUAAACUUGACGGAAUGGAGUGCAAAAGAACUUGUGUCACUUUCAUGGAUAAAUACCACGAAGCUGCUGAACGUGUUGCCCUGGCCUUCUCCAUCAGCAUCCUGCAUGUUCUAUGUCAGCCAAGAUCGAAAGCAUGGAAAACUGGAUUGUCCCCGAACUAUGGCAGGAAGCUAGAUCGUGGUGUUUCUGCAGCUCCUUGUGAGAAUGUCCUGUUCCUAUCUGCAGCUGGGGUUCUUCAGGAAUGUCCGUCUAACCAUUAUUUGGUGAACUCCUACAGAGACGACAGGAAGGCAAGGUAUGCAUUGCUCAAGAAUGGACAAAAGAAAAGCAGACAACAUGCUGACAGCGAGAGUGGAGAGGAUGAAGAAGAGGAGGAGGAGCAUGAUGGAGGUGAAGAAUCAACAAGUAAUGUCGACGUGAAUCUGUUUGAUGCGGGCCAUGAUGACGACUUUGAAGAACCUUGUAUGAUGGGGAUGGAUAGUUUUAUUGUCGACUGUAGUGAAAGCUAUGAUGAUGGUGGAGAUUCAGGGGCAAAUGAAUAUGGCGGAGGAGGGUGUGACUACGGUGGCGGGAGUGACUAUAUAGGCAGCUCAUCGUGCGGUGGUGGUGGAUGCAGCGGUGGUGGAGGUGGUGGAUGUGGAGGUGGUGGAGGAUGCGGCGGUGGUGGGGGAUGUGGAGGAGGAGGUGGAUGCGGCGGUGGUGGGGGAUGUGGAGGAGGAGGAUGUGGAGGCGGAGGGGGAUGUGGAGGAGGUGACUGACUGUAGAUGGACUUCAACAACAAUGACUUCAUUAUUCUCUAUCUCAUGAGGUGAAGGUGUUGAGGUUUGGAAAGGUGUAUGAUAAGGCUUGUGAAGGUCUUCUGCUGCUGUGUAUGUCUGGGGAUGGUUUUAUUGACUACAGAUCUAAUUCACAAGCCUUAUACCCGUUCGAGCUUGGUUAACACCUGGUCACAAACCAUUGAACUUGGUCAUUUAUGAAGACGUCUUGACUCGAAACAACAGUUUUCAUGUUUGCUGCAAGAUUUAAACAUCCACUCAUAGGAUGUUCUUCGACUGCUGUUGAUAAACUGACCAAAUAUUAACCUUCUAGCCAUCACUAAUACUAUUGAUAUGAUACAACGGAAAAGGACAUUUCCAACUACAUUUCUCACACCUAAUAAAUGUAUCAGCAACUAA